GAUAAAAUAUAAACUACCAAUUUGCCAUGCAUCCAAAAAUCAAAUAUGUUUAUAUCCUAUUCUAUGGACAAUGAAAAAUUGUUGAAAUCGAAGAUGUGCUAUAGGAAAAGAAUAUUUGCUUUUUUUCGUGUUUGAAAAUUAUGUUUUCCAUAAAAACAUGUCCUAUCGAGCGAUAAAUUUAGAAAAGAUUUGUAGAACGUGCCUGUCAGAAGACAGUCAAAUGCGCUCCGUGUACAGCAUUCAAGAGACUUUGGGCCAAGAACUUAGGCUGGUGGAAAUGUUAACAGCCUGUGCUUCCAUACAAAUUUUAGAGAACGAUGGUUUACCGCAUCAAAUUUGUAACCGAUGCACUCAGGAUAUUACUAAAGCUUAUUCCUUCAGACAGCUUUGUGAGAGGUCAGAUUCUACCCUUCGAAAUUUGUUUAUAGAAAAAACACCAACGAUUGAAAACUUCAUAGAAUUGAAACCUUUAGUUACUGCAUUAACAAAUUCGACCGAAAAUAGUCAAAACUCAGAAACUGAAGGCUUACCUGAAAUUCAAUCAGACACAAUUACCGAAUUUGUAGCAGAACAAAGUCGCGAAUCAUUUGAUGGUCAUAUUUUGCCUGCCGACUUGGAAUCUAAACUAGAUAACAUAAUCCCUAGUGACUUGGGCAGCAAAUUAGACAUUUAUGAUACCAAAUAUAAAUUUGGAAGUGUCACUUUUCUAGAUGAAAAUUUAGUUCUUAAUAGUGGUCUAAGUGGUGGUCAUAACCUGGAAGAAUUGGAUCAGUUCAAUUCAUCUGUAAAUGGUUUUGAAGGGCCAGAUCCGAGUCUUAAAAAGGAAUUUAAAAUAGAGAAUUUAAAUAAAAAAGAAGAUGAAACAUCCCAGCCAUUGUUUCCUUGUAGCAACUGUACAAAAUGUUUUACAACAGAAGCAGAUUUAAAGAUUCAUUCCAAAUCACACCAUGUGUGCCCGAAAUGUUAUCAAGAUUUUGCAAGUGCAAGCACCCUCUGCCGUCACCUCAAGAAACACGACCAACAACGCGGCCAUCUAUGCAGUGAAUGCGGUAAAGGAUUUUUCCGAUCUGACGAUCUAAAGCGACACCUUCUGACGCACACCGGCGAGAGGCCGUUUGUUUGUAAAAUAUGCGAUAAAUCAUUUGCGCAAUCGUUCCGUUUAUUGGAGCACACGAGGGCCCACGAAAACGCCAAAGGGUUUAUAUGUUCUACAUGUGGAAAAGGGUUCUCGAGGUACACUAGUUUAGCGGCUCACAACAAAAUCCACAGCGGGGUGAAAAAUCAGGAGUGCACUGUCUGUGGCAAAAAUUUCCCUAAAAAAAUUUCAAACGCAAAACAAAUCCCACCAAGAGAAGUCUCUAAGACAAGAAAUUCUUGCAAAACUAAAACUACGCAUAUACAGGGUGGUUCGAAUUAUAAUGGAGAAACUUUAACAGCUUAUUCAGCAGAAAUAAGUAAAAAAGUUGCUAUAAACUUAUGUCCCCAAAAGAUUGAUUUUGAAAAUACAUGGUGUUAAAAUAUUGUAAAAAAUGUCUUUUUUUUUAUUUAAAAAAUUUUUUUUUAGAUUUUUGGUUUUAAACUUAGUAGUAUCAUUGCCCCUUUAAAGCAAUAUAUAGCAUGAACUUGGUAUUGUUUAACCAGUGGCGUUCGUGAGAUCUUUUUAAUUAAUUUAAAUAAUAAUUGGUACUCCAGUGAUAUCGCAAUUUUGUUAUUAUCUACGUGGUAGGGAGUGUUGGAACAUUUUCUUAAAUAAAUAUCCAUAUUUCCAAAAAGGCUUAACACAUUUUAAUAAACUUGGGAUUUUUAAAAAGGGCUUCUUCUAGGCCAUCAAACGCAGUACGAGUGGCGCGAUUGCUACUGCUUACAAUGCCACUAGGUUGCGUUUUCCGACGUACAUAUUCGCAAAAAAAAGUUUUCCCAAAAAAGGAUAAAUGCAGCAAAACUGACUUUUUUGUCGUAAUACAGCUAAAAAAGUCUAAUAACCCGUUGAAACGCGCAACUCACAGUAACUUUGUCCUAACCUUAAAUAUUCAAAGAACUGAACUCUCUAGUUAUCAAAAAUUUACCAUAUGAAAUGCUAAUUUAUUAUUUAGGAGGCCAAAUGUUAUUUAAAAUCAAAACACAAUGUAAUUAUUCAUCUUUAUUACUUUUUUUACAAUGCCUGCGAAGGACACCAAAUUAAUUUGUAGCUGUCAUUAAUACAUAAUUAUUGUUUCAUUAAAAAUUAAUUUCAAUUAUUAAUAACGCCAUCGUUGGCGACUAAUUUUACUAACUAUUGAUAUAUUUAAGUAUGUCUUAUUUAAACUUAAAAACUAAUUUAAACUUAUCAUAAUCCAAUACCAAGAAAAAAUCGACACGUUAGGAACGAAUAAUAAUACUUAUUAUUUCGAUACACAUUUCAACACUUAAAUAAUUCAAUAAUUAAUAAAAUUAUUAUUAUUAUUAUUAUUAUAAAAACGGGCAUUGGGUAUUAAAACGUAUUGUCAGCUACUGAGAAAUUUUGUGCGUAUUUAAAAACGAUAAAAGCAAAAGCAUAUUUUGAUUUAAAUAUCAUGUGACGUGCUUAAUAACAAAUUGACGUAUUGUAACAACCCGUAAAGCGAGAAUUAAAAGCUAAAAAAAAGUUAUGUCUUUGAAUUUAUCCUUUUCCCAGAAAAUUACUUUUUUUACGGAUAUAUUAGAAAACGCCACCUGGUGGCAAGGUAAGCAAUCGUAAUCGCUUCACACGUAGCCUGAAUAGCAUAACAAAAGUCCUUGUUAACGCAUCAACGUUGAUUAAUAUGCGUUAGGCGUUUGAACAUUUAUUUAAAAAAAUGUUGGACCAAAUUUUGGUCAAUAUUCAUUUCAAUUGUCUAUUUAACGGAAGAAAUAGACAUCCUUUCCAAAAGCAUAUUGCCCACCUCAAUUUUUUUUCACGCGUUUGUUUUUUAAACAUAUUAGAAAUCAUUAAAACGACCUAUUA